CUACACCUACCGCUACGGGCAACUUGCAUACUACCUACCUAGGUGGUAUACAUAGGCUCGAUAGGUACUCCCACUUACCAAAGCUUGAUGGCUAUCUACGAGAUCUACAAUGCAAAUGGCAUCAUUUUGCAUAUAUAGCGAAUCAACUUAAUCUCGCAGUGGGUGGUUGGAGUGCCAUGGUCAAUCGCAGCUAGCAAAUCAGGAUCAGCUACUACUCUACAUAAUCGAAUCUCAAAUUUACCUCUGACCACUUCCUCCUCCUCGUCUCCUUAUCUUUUGCACGCUGCGACUUGUCUCACCAAUUCGCUUCCAUUGCUGACAACAACCAUGGAUAGCUCAAUUGCGAAAGAGAAGAUGCCGAACGAGCGGAGCCCCCUCAUCACUACCGUUCGGGUCGGGCAACCUAGACAAAGAUAUUCCCAUGGCACCGUCCGUCGAUUUUGCACCAUUGCCUUGUGCUCGUCGCUCAUAGCCCUCGUCGUCCUGUUCCUCCUACCAGCUAGACUGCUUCCAAGGCAUCACCCACGACCUCCUCACCACCACAAUCCCCCAUCCCCGCCUCCACCUCUUGAACAUACCCCAAAUGCACUCUCCUUUGAAGAGCUCCAAAGUAUUUUGAUCGAAACCCCAAAGGAAGAAAAGGCACAGGAAUGGAGUAAAUACUACACCUCUGGUCCCCAUCUGGCAGGCAAGAACUACAGCCAAGUUCUCUGGACCCAGGAAAGAUGGCAGGAGUUUGGCAUUCAAGCAGAUAUUGCGACAUAUGACGUAUUCAUCAACUAUCCACUCGGCCACCGAUUAGCAUUGUAUGAAAAGAAAAAGCUCAAGUUCGAGGCCAGCUUGGAGGAAGAUGUACUGGAGGAGGACCCGACCACCGGAUUGGACAAUCGAAUCCCAACGUUUCAUGGUUACAGUGCUAGCGGAAACGUCACGGGUUCUUAUGUCUACGUCAACUAUGGGACAUAUCAGGAUUUUGAGGACCUCGUCAAGCUGAAAAUUCCAUUGGGGGGAAAGAUCGCUAUCGCAAGAUAUGGUGGGAUCUUUAGAGGGCUCAAAAUCAAGCGUGCUCAAGAACUGGGAAUGAUUGGUGCUGUUCUGUUCUCUGAUCCCGGGGAUGAUGGAGAAGUGACGGAGAAAGGUGCUAAGCCAUAUCCUGAAGGGCCAGCAAGAAAUCCAAGCAGUGUACAAAGAGGCAGUGCUCAAUUUUUGAGUAUCGCACCAGGCGACCCUACCACACCUGGAUAUGCCUCUAAGCCUGGGGUUCCACGGGAGCCAUUUGAAGGAAAGAUUCCUUCGAUACCUUCAAUCCCAAUUUCUUAUGUUGACACAUUGCCAAUUCUUAAAGCCCUGAACGGCCAUGGUCCAUCCGCAAAGGAUUUCAACAAGUAUUGGCAGCGGAAUUUGGGAUUGGAGCACAUGGGUGUGAAGUAUCACGUUGGACCUUCUCCGGAUAGUCUGGUUCUAAACCUAGUAAAUGUGCAGGAAUAUGUUACUACUCCCCUUUGGAAUGUAAUUGGUACAAUUAACGGAACCCUGUCUGACGAAGUCAUUGUGAUUGGAAAUCAUCGUGAUGCUUGGAUAGCUGGAGGCGCUGGAGAGUAAGUUCUUGGACCCUUAUUCCAUUUAUUCUCUAUUUUUCCUUUUCACACAACGGAAUGUCAUAUGAAAUCUUCAAAACUUGCGAGCUGACUUUUUCUCUAGCCCAAACAGCGGUUCUGCUGCACUCAACGAGGUUAUCCGUUCUUUUGGUGUUGCUGUCUCAAAGGGAUGGAAACCUCUACGCACUAUUGUAUUUGCUUCUUGGGAUGGUGAGGAGUAUGGCCUUAUUGGAUCCACUGAAUGGGUUGAGGAAUACCUACCAUGGUUGCGUCAUGCGAAUGUUGCUUAUGUCAACGUUGAUGUAGCUACCACUGGCCCUGUUUUCAAAGCCGCCGCAAGCCCUUUGUUGAAUAAGCUCAUUUACGGCGUUGCUGAUUUGAUUCAAUCUCCAAAUCAAACAAUUCCUGGACAAACAGUUGGAGAUUUGUGGGACAAGAAGAUCAGCACUAUGGGGAGUGGAAGUGACUUCACAGCAUUUCAAGAUUUCGCAGGAAUCCCUUCGAUCGAUAUGGGCUUUACAACUGAUCCUGGAGCACCCGUAUACCAAUAUCACUCCAACUACGACUCCUUCUACUGGAUGAAUACCUAUGGAGGUUUGUUACCAUUUGUCCACUUCUGUUUGCUCCACACUAACAGUUUUAGAUCCUGGGUUUCAUUACCAUGCUACUAUGGCCAAAUUGUGGGCGGUUUUUACUGCCAAGCUUUCAGAGGCACCCGUCAUUCCACUCAAUGCCACUGAUUAUGCUAUUGCAAUUGACGGCUACAUUUCGAAAGUAGAGUCUAAGCUAGAGGUUUUGGUGACUGGGCAGUCAACGGAGGAGGAUGAGAUGGAAGCCCGUGAACGUCCAACUCCUGGCGCACCCAAGGGAGACGUGCAAGAACUCCAGCUCUCAUUUGCAAAACUACACAAGGCGGCACACAAGCUGAAGAAGGCAGCGGAAGCUCAUGGUAAGUCAUUCCCCUCACAUAAUAACCAUACUCAUAAUUCACGUACGAUGCUAAAAAAUAACCUCCCAUAGACUCAUGGGCCUCCCAACUCGCCUCAGAAGCCGGCGUCGACCUCCCAUGGUGGAAAUGGGUCUCGAAGCUCAAACUCAUCAUCCGCAUCCGUCGAGUCAACGACAAAUACAAAUACCUCGAGCGACAAUUCGUCCACGAGGACGGACUCGAAGGCCGAUCCUGGUUCAAACAUGUCAUUUUUGCCCCAGGGCUAUGGACAGGCUAUGCAGGCGCUGUGUUCCCGGGGUUGGUGGAGGCGAUUGACGAUAGAGAUUUUGAGAAGGCGGGGAAGUGGGUAGAAAUCAUUGAAGGGAAGAUUUCGGCGGCUUAUAGUAGUUUGAAGUAGAUUUACUUGCUUCUUUUGAUUGCUGGAUUGUUUGAAUUGUGGUGCUUCUUUGGAGUGCGCAGCGU